CUUGGACUCAAGUGAGUAGAGUCAAUCUUCAAGAGCGAUCUCAUCGUGCACGUCGUCCCGAAGGCAGACGGUUUCCACACUCGACAGGAUCAAUCGUGGUCGCGUUGCUUUGACAAAUCCGACGGCUCUUGAACCAGAGGCGGCUUUUAUUUCAAAUUGAAAAAGUAUUAAAAAGGAAGGUUGACGAGAAGCACCGCUGAGAGGGCGAGUUUUUCUUUCAGGGCUAUGCCUUUCGAGACGGAUCGUUGAGGCCAGUCCACUCCAGCACGACGAUACCGUACGCCGAUGAAGGCCGGAGCGACUGUCAGACUAAAGAAGUGGACAUGACAUCCGUGAAAACGAUAACGACCCCGAGUGCCACCUUCAAGAGUGUCUUCCAGCACGUCAGGUACGAGCACCUAGUCGCUGGCGUCACCGGGGGUGUCACGUCGACCCUCAUUCUCCACCCGUUGGACCUCAUCAAAAUCAGAUUUGCAGUGAAUGAUGGCAGAUCGGCUGUGCCGCAAUACAAUGGGUUAAAAGGAGCGAUAACGACAAUAUUCAAACAGGAAGGCGUCCGAGGUUUAUAUAAAGGUGUCACGCCGAAUGUUUGGGGUUCUGGCAGUGCCUGGGGUUUCUAUUUCCUUUUUUACAACUCUAUUAAAACAUGGGUUCAAGGAGGGAACUCGAAAACGCCCUUGGGCCCCUCGAUGCACAUGCUUCUAGCCGCUCAGGCAGGGAUCCUCACACUUGUCAUGACCAACCCCGUUUGGGUGGUCAAAACUAGGUUAUGUUUGCAAUAUAACGAUGCACAGCCAAAAUCAGGCAGGUGCUACGCCGGAAUGGUUGACGCUCUAACUACAAUAUAUAGGCUAGAAGGUGUCAGAGGACUGUACAGGGGUUUCCUUCCUGGCAUGUUUGGUGUUUCUCAUGGUGCUAUUCAAUUCAUGACUUAUGAAGAGAUGAAAAACUUUUACAACCAGUAUAAAAAUUCACCGAUUGAUGCUAAAUUGAGCACUCUGGAGUACAUUGCGUUUGCUGCCACAAGCAAACUGCUCGCCGCAUCCAUCACGUACCCGUACCAGGUAAUCAGGGCACGUCUACAAGAUCAGUACCACACGUACAAAGGCGCUGUGGACUGCAUACAACAGACAUGGAGAUUUGAGGGGUAUCGAGGAUUUUACAAAGGCCUGACUCCAAAUAUGACAAGGGUCGUACCGGCAACAGUGAUAACAUUUCUUGUUUAUGAAAACGUUUGGAGAUUUUUAGCUGAUUAUAAUAGAAUGGCAGUUCAUUAAUAGAUUGACCAGUAUUGCUUAUUAAUUACUGUAUAAACUGCCCAGUUCCUUUUUUCUCUUAAUUUAGUAUGUUGCUAGUUGAGAUGUGGUUUUCUCAAAAUGUGAUUUAUUUUUCUCAAUUAAACAAUCAAAUGGUGGA